AUGAGGACUAUAUAUAUCUGCAAAAGUCUCAUCUCACUAUCUCUUAAGAACUCUUCACAUCUCACCAAAACCCCAAUCUCUCUUUUCUCUCUCCUCUUCUUCUCUUCCUCUCCAGAAACCCCCAUUGCGGUGGCCGAUUACUUGAUUGAUAGACACAAAUUUUCGCUUGAAACUGCUUCGAAAGUCUCUUCCGUGGUAAAGUGUCUGAAAAGGCCUGAAGAGACCGAUUCGAUUCUUUCAUUUCUCCAGGAAAGUGGUUUUUCGGAUUCCCAUCUAGAGCGUUUCAUCAAACACGCGCCUCAACUUCUCUCUGCAAAUCUUGAGCGCUCCAUCAAACCCAAAAUAAAGAUGUUUCAAGACUUGGGUUUUUCUUCUAGCGAUAUUGUGAAAAUUGUUUCCAUUCACCCAAAGAUUCUAACUAGUAGCGUUGAUAAACGGCUUGGCCCGUCGAUUUUAGCAUUGAAGAGUGUUUUGGGUUCGAAUAUGGAUGAUGUGUCUAGGGUUUUAAAGAAAUCUGGUUGGUUUUUGGGGUGUGAUUUGGCGAAAACUAUGAUACCCAAUAUUGAAUAUUUGAAUAGCUGCGGUAUUAGUUCGACACAAACAACCCGGUAUGUGUACAAAUACCCAAAUUUAUUCAAGUAUAAACCGAUGCAGAUGAGAGAAUAUGUGAAGAGGGUUGAUGAGAUGGGCAUUGACAGGAAGUCUAAGAUGUUUCUUCCUGCGAUUCAGGCUAUUUGUUCGAUGUCUAUAGAGAAUUGGGAAUUGAAAUUGGAGGCGUUUAAGAGUUUGGGAUUUUCCGAAGACGACAUUCUAUCCGCUUUUAGGAGGGCGCCCAUGGUGUUUGCUCUGUCAGAGAGGAAAAUUAAGGAGAUAACACAGCUUUUGCUUAGCACGGGCAAAUGUGAUAUGUCAUAUGUUGCUAAUAACCCAAACAUACUUUCUUACAGUGUUGAGAAUAGGCUUAAGCCACGGCUAAGAGUUCUGGAGGUUUUGGAAAGCAGGAAUUUGCUUCUUAAAAAGCUGAGUUUGGUGACUGUACUCGGGUUCACUGAUAAGAAGUUCUUUGAGAAAUAUGUACUUCCUUAUUCAGAUGAAGUUGGUGAAUUAUUCGUGUUUAACAAGGCCUCUUUGACAGCAGAAAUAUGUGCGUAA